AUGCCCCGUUUGCGAUCAUGGAUAGAGCAAAGGUCUUUGUUCUGGGACUUUUGUUGGCAAUAUUUCCAACUCAUACACGAAGGAUCAUUUGAGAUAGUCGUGGACGAAACAGCGAGGAUCGACUCCGUUCCUCGUUGGUUUGAAGGGGUCCGAUUGAACUUUGCAGAGAAUCUUCUCUUCUCAAGCGACGCCCGAGACCGGCUACGCGGGAAAGAAGAUGACAAGGUCGCUGUUGUCGCGGUGCGUGAGGCCGGCGCCGAAGGGCAAACCUAUGUGACCUGGAAGGAACUCCGCAGCCGAACCGGGCGCCUCGUCCAGGCACUGAAGGCUCAUGGAGUAAAGUGUGGAGACCCAACUACCGCCCUCGGCGCCAUCUUUUCCUCUGUUACCACUGAUAUGGGCACCAAGGGGCUCCUUGACCGACUCUCGCAGAUAAAACCUGUUUGGCUCUUCAUGGAUGACUUCGCGGUAUACAAUCGGGAGAAGAUGGAUUUACGCUCAAAAAUUGCAGAAGUAGUCAAAGGCCUGGACGGAGUCGUUGAGUUCCAGGGGGUCGUUGCAAUGCCCCGAUUCUCUUUCUCCCGCCAGUCUCAAGUGGUGUCCCCAAAGCUUGCACCCUGCACGACUUUCUCGUUAAGGUGCCACAUGACCGGCUAG